CCAAGAAACACGCCCAGCACUCAACAUCAGUCGCCUGACUGGUCUGACCGUAGUCUUCUAUGCCCGUGCAUAAGAGUCUAUCUGACCGUUUAUGAGAGUAUGCCCAGUUGAUAGAGUAUGUGGUCGCAUCACUGUUAUUCCAACAGAUUCCAAAGAAAGCAAUGAGACGGGUACAACCGACGAACAAAUUCCCAGGACAGCAGUUUUAUCCUCACCUUUGCCACCAUUCUCCCUCAGAGAUGCACGUGAUGCGACAGCUUCGCAGGCAGCUUCCACCACUAUCGCAGUAGAAUACCUGUCUUGGUGGAGUAGCAGAAGUGUGGGUGCGUGCUGGACGAAAAAAGGAGGACAUUCUUUUGGCGGUGAGAGUUUGAAAAAAGAAACAUCUUAGUAAAAUACAGUGGAGCGAGUUGUAAUGCUGGCGCGUACGUUGGUUACUGUGCGUCUGUGUGCGUUUGAGUGUGAGAGAAACACCUGGUGACAGCCCGCACGAGGAUAUGGGGGAAAGCUUACUGACCUGCUGUAUCCCGCAUUUAUUUUGCGCAUUUCGUCGGUGAGAGGAUAUCCGUGUCCCGUGGAGGAUGCCGAACUGGCUGAAGAUGCAGUCCUGAAGAUUGAUGGAGGGUCAUGCCAUUCAAACAGCAGGCGUUGCUGAGACAGAAGCUCUUCGUGUUGGGCAGCCUCGCUAUCGGGAGUCUCCUUUAUCUAGUGGCCAGAGUUGGGAGUUUGGAUAGGCUGCAGCCUAUUUGCCCCAUAGAGAGCAGAGUGGCUCCUCACCUGCCCGGGCCGUUCCCCCUGAGGACGUUGCAGUACAAGCGCGGCGUCCUGCACGAGCUCCGCAAGGGCAACGCCACCAAGGAGCAGAUCCGCCUGCACAGCCUGGUGCAGCAGCUGCCCCGCGCCAUCAUCAUCGGCGUCCGCAAGGGGGGCACCCGCGCCCUGCUGGAGAUGCUCAACCUGCACCCAGCCGUGGUCAAGGCCUCGCAGGAGAUACACUUCUUCGACAACGACCAGAACUACGCCCGGGGCAUCGACUGGUACCGCGAGAAGAUGCCCUUCUCCUUCCCCCACCAGAUCACCAUCGAGAAGAGCCCGGCCUACUUCAUCACGGAGGAGGUGCCCGAGCGCAUCUUCAAGAUGAACUCGUCCAUCAAGCUCCUGAUCAUCGUCCGGGAGCCCACCACCCGCGCCGUCUCCGACUACACCCAGGUGCUGGAGGGCAAGGAGAGGAAGAACAAGACCUACCACAAGUUCGAGAAGCUGGCCAUCGACGGCAACACCUGCGAGGUGAACACAAAGUACAAGGCGGUACGGACCAGCAUUUACACCAAACACCUGGAGCGCUGGCUCAAGUACUUCCCCGUGGAGCAGUUCCACAUCGUGGAUGGGGACCGGCUGAUUUCGGAUCCCCUGCCGGAGCUCCAGCUGGUGGAGCGCUUCCUCAACCUCCCGUCCCGCAUCAGCCAGUACAACCUGUACUUCAACGCCACCCGCGGGUUCUACUGCCUGAGAUUCAACAUCGUCUUCAACAAGUGCCUGGCAGGCAGCAAGGGGCGCACCCACCCGGAGGUGGACCCCGCGGUGGUGGCCAAGUUGCGCAGGUUCUUCCACCCUUUCAAUCAGAAGUUUUACCAGAUCACUGGGAGGACAUUCAACUGGCCUUGAAGGAAACAAAGAGAAACAUUUACAAACUCUUGGAGUUGUCACCACGGUCAGCUUUCUGUUCUUUCAUAAAAAUGCCCCUUUGGAAAAUAUUUAGAAGCACUUUGACUGACGUUUAAGACUCUAGAGUAUCACAAAGUGACCAAAUAUGAAAUGGGAUCAAUGUUUUAUUCGUAGAAGUGAAGGACAGAGUGGUUUGUGAGCUGUCUUUCGCAACAACUUGAAAGUGCCCAUUCUUUCUAUGUAAUGCAUUGCCUGUUUAUGGUGACAGGUAGAAAAAAAUGAAUUUGACAUUCUCAUUAUCAUGAGCCAUGUUUAUCCAUAACAAGUAUCAAAGGAACAUUCCUCCAGUGCGAGUUGAAGGCAUUGAGAAAUGUAAAUUGAUAGAUUUUGGUUUUUAACGAUGGCUUGUUCAGGGUACGUGAAACCUAUCAUAUCAUCUGAGUAAAAGCAUCUUCACGUCAGGCCCGUUAGAUUGAAGUGUUCUGCACUCUUCUGUUUUUGCGGUUUGAUUGUGGUACACAGAAAUGCAUCCCAAACAGAUGUGAUCACCUCAUGCUAUUUUCUUUAUGUACUGUAUGACUCAUGAAGGAAAUCACUGCCUCUUGAUCCCAAAGUACUUGUACUCUGAAGUUACUGUGUUGUGAACCAAUGAGUUCAAAACUUUUUUUAACUAAGGUGAAUUUGGUUUAUUCAGCAGUGACAACCAAUAAUAUAUAAUGUGUUUAUAGAACCCUGUUUCUUUUAUUUAUUUUCUUUUUAAUAAUUCCAUCAAGAGAAGGUGCCCUUGAUUACAAACUAUGUGUAGAAGUUGCAAAAGGGUGUUAAAAGUAAGGGCAACAUAUCAAUGCAGUGUGUUGACUCUUAGAAUCUGAAAAUGAUUAUUUACGCCUUCAGAAAAUCAAAACAUCGAAAAUGUACAGUACUACUAAGGGAAUGACAGGGUUACUUUCUUUCAUGAUUUCUUUGUACUGUUUUGUGUCUACCCCCGGCCAAAAAUCCUGAGCAUCUCUCAUUUUAACCCAGGUUUUCUUUUACAAUGAACAAACUGAAGCAAAUGGAAGAUAUGUACCAAUAGUCCUUCUCUGUGUCAUAAACAUUUUUGAAGAAAAGGCUACAAAUAAAAUAUAAAAAAGAUAACACAUUUAA